UGUGUGUGUGUGUUUCAGGGUGCUGAAGGAGCAGUGGAUUCGGGCGAAGUACGAGAGGCAGGAGUUCAUGGAGAGCGGCAAGAAGCUGAUCUACGAGGACGAGACACGAGACGGCAUGCUAAUGAAGAGGGGGCGGGACAAUGGACAGUUCUUCAGCAGGCGGUUUGUUCUGUCUCAGAGGGACGGCACACUAAAGUACUUCACUAAACUAGACGCUAAAGAACCCAAAGCUGUUAUAAAAGUGGACACCAUCAACGCCUGCUUCCAGCCGGACAAGAUCGGAAACCCCAACGGCCUGCAGAUCACCUACCUGAAGGAUAACACAACACGAAACAUCUUCAUCUACCACGACA